AUGUCGCUACAUGAACAACUUUGGUCAUAUCUGGAAAGGUAUAAAUGUCCUCUCAGCGGAAAAGAAUUCUUGCCAUUGGGUAUUUUGGAAGAAAAAAUCACAAGUGAUAUAGUUAAGAAGGAGCUGUGUGGAGAUGGCUGGGAGAAGCAGCUGACCCUGCUUCGCUACCCUAGCCUCCCACAGAAAGUAUCACAAGACGCAAAAAAGGUCUUUGCUAUUCUCGUGCUUAUUGGUAACCCCUGGGCGAUAAAGCGUUUGAUUCGAGAAGGUCUCACCGAUAGGCAUCUUCCUCUCCGUCAGGGUGGUAGUGGCUUUCUGGAAUCUUCCGACAACACAACAUUCAAAUCCCCUGGUGCUUGGGGGACAGACGCGACAGUUAAACUGUUCAUCGACAAACAGUGGUUGGUCCUAGCUCCUGUAUUGGACUCGACUGGUCAAGACAUUAAGCUUAGCGACAAAUGUAAAUGUGCCUUGCCAAUUUGCGAUGCCAAUCAUAGAGCUAUCGACGGUUUCUCCAGCAAAGUCCGGAAGGGCAUUAUCCCUGCAGGCCAUCAAAAAGGUUUCAAGGUAGAGGGGACUUCACUUGACAUUGCAAUUAAAGAAAUCACGGACAAGGAUAUCUUCCUCCUAGAGAAGAAGAAUUUGAAUGAUAUCCGAAGACUCCAACACCGCCACUUGAUCAAGCACAUUGCCACUUGUCAAAUCAGAGACGGCUAUUGUUACGCCAUAUUGUUUCCAUGGGCUAGCGGUGGAAACCUUUCGAAUUUCUGGACCCACAAGGAUUCCACAGAGCGAGCACCAGAUCUCUUUUUAUGGUGUUUCCAGCAGCUGCUUGGUCUUGUCGACGCCUUGAAGGCUUUACACAGUAUUAAUUGCCGCCACGGUGACCUUAAACCGGAAAAUAUUCUCUACUUCAAGGAAGGUGACUAUCUUGACAUUGGUGGAGAAGGGGUCUUGGUCAUCGCAGAUGUUGGCGUGUCUAAAGUUCAUGUGGACCGGACGGUUUCCAGACCCAUGGGGACAAAUACUCAUGCCACUACGCCCUCGUACGAAGCCCCUGAGGCUCAAUUCGACAAGGACGCCGCCAGGGCGCGUAGAUACGACAUGUGGUCAAUUGGUUGCAUUUUCUUAGAAUUUGCGAUCUGGCUCUUGUACGACCUCGACGCAAUCAAAAACUUCCGGAAGUGGAGGGAGGAAUCUAGAUGCGAUCCGAUAACUCCGAAGGCCAGCUUCUAUGACCGCCCUACCGAAGGAAUUGUCGAUGUCCAGCCAGCAGUCCGCAAGAUGAUGUAUCAGCUACGGAACAACUCACGGUGCCAAAAUGGUACUGCGCUAGGAGACUUCCUGGAUCUUAUCGAGAACGAUCUUCUUUUGGUGGAAGUAUCACGCCGCUGUCACGCUGCUGAAUUAUACAACAAGCUUAAGAAGAUAGUUCAGGAUGCUGAAGAGAAUGCGUCCUACUUACUCAACGACGCUGACUCUCAUCCACCCACUCCUCUGAUUUUUGUCGAUUAG